CCUUAUAACCAGCAAGCGUGUUGUACAAGCGCUUACACAAGAACACUGGAUCAGUCCACGGUUCACCAAUUACUCUGGAAACGAACUCUGGCUGUAAACUUGAAGGAUUACAUUGGUGCUUUUGCAUAGAAAGAAGAAAAAGUGAUAAUGGAUUUUCUUAAUCAUAACUAUUUGAGUGCGCGCAACCCUUAUGACUAUACGUUCAAUUUUUGGAACGACUAUUUGGGUCUCUCGACGUUGGUGACGAAGAAUAGCAAGCAUAUGAUGCCCCAAAGUCCAAACUCCAUCACCGAGUCUUUGAAAGCAACUCUGGGGUUGGAUGACUCCCCGACAUGUGCGUGCGUAAUCUCUGGCAGUGGUGAAGGCGGACAUCUGGACUGCUGUUGUCCAUCCGCGAGCCCACCGCCUACCUCCAUCCUGGACUUGAAGGAGCGCUUUUCAAUUCUGAGCCCAUUCCAAAACCAAAUCGGUGGCGUCCCACUACAAGACCGGGACUUGGGCUUCGGAGGAAGCUUCGCGGGAUUUGACCUGUUCGGUGUGGAGAGGAAGACGCGCAAGCCAACGUCGAGGAAUAAACAGGAGCCCAAAAUCUGCGUCUUCUGCAGGAAUAACGGUGCCCCGGAGGAGGUAUAUGGCUCCCACGUUCUGAAGACUCCGGACGGGCGGGUGGUUUGCCCCAUUCUUCGGGCUUAUACCUGUCCUCUUUGCAGUGCCAAUGGCGAUAAUGCGCACACAAUUAAGUACUGUCCACUCUCCAAAGACCAACCAGCCCAGCGACCAUUAAAGGGAGGGAGGGCGGUGGGUGGUAAGCGAAUGAAAAUAUUCUAGAGAGAUUUUUACACCAGUAUAGAAACUGUAUUGAAUUGCACUGAACAAUUUUCAGAUCACUGUUUAGAUUACGGCUGUAGCCUAUACCCCAGUCAUAACUGCUAGGCUAGCCUAUAUGGUUUCGUAAACAAAAAAACUACAAAAAAAAGUUCUUUUUCCUCCAAAAUCUCUUAUAUUUUUAUAGUUCCUUUAUUCUCAUAGAUUAUUUUAUUCAUUAUACAUUGAAUUAUUUUCUUAUAGUGUGUAGCUAUUUGAGUGCUCACUUAAAUUGACAUACUCAUAAUCAAAACGUGGGAGUAAAUGCUGAGUGUUUUGUGGGGAAUAUGGAUUCAGCAGUGUAAUUGUCAUGUUGCCAGUACAUUUUACUGUAAGAUUAGCAUACAAGCUAUUUCUUUUGUCUUUGAAAACCAAAGUUAAGUUUUGCCAUUAAACCAAGCAUAAGAAUGUUCAUGAAUGAAAACAGUUUCCAUUCAAGAUGUCUGUAAAACAUGGUGUCACUUUGAGGCUCAUUCCUCUGGCUAAUCCACAACACAGUUUCAAACUUGCUCUCAAGUUGAAAUGUAAUAUCUGUAGCAUAAAAAAAGAAACACACACACACACAACAAAACAAUGAAGUCUCUGUUGUAGCCUAGUGUUUUCUGGGUAACUUCAUAACCAAUAGUAUAGCCAAGCCAAAUUACUUUAAUCUCCCAUAUCACAAAGACAGUUUGUUUCAUCACCAGGCUUAUGAAUAAUCAUUACCCAAAUAUGAGAUACCCUUGAUGUUUACAUUCCCACGAGAAGGUAACACACUGGAAGUACAGUAAUUGCUUGUAGGUAUCUCUUUCAUGUAGUCAUUCUUUUAUCAACAAUGACAUGUUUUUUUUUUGUUCGUUUUUUUGGUUUACCCCCAAAAAGUUGUCAACAGAGGACUUCACUGGGGAGACAAUGAGUUUUCUGCAGUAGUGGGGUCAAGAGAAUAUGUCCUUCACAAAAGAGUGGGAUAGCGCAAAUGAAUGUUAUUAAACAAGCUUUUCUAAAAACUAUGUAUUAGCCCCUUUUUUUGCAUUAUUUCCCCCUGAAUGAAUCCAAAAAAAAAAUGCAAAAGUAUUGUGAAUGUAAUAUGGAAAAGUUGUCACUUGCAGGACUGCACAUUUCUAACUGUUAUGUUUACCAAAGGAUUAUAACAUUUGAAUGAAGUGGAGUAAGAAAAAGCGACUUGCUGUAUUGUAUAUAAGGUUGAGUGACGUUUAUUCAGUAUUUUAACAUUUCAAGUGACUUCAGAGGGUACUACCUCAACAGGAUUUUGUACUUACAUUUAAAUUGUCAACAGCAGUUUAUUAAUAUAGUGCUGCCAUUUAUAAUAAGGGUUUUUAAUAGUAUUUUUGAUCUUUGUAUAACAUAAUUGUAUUUCCUUUUCCUGCAUUCAAACAUGACAAAAGUGAAUUUCCAAUAAGCUCUAAGCAUUGUUCACCAAAAGGUGAUUGUCUGUACAUAGUGAUAUCCAUACUUUUUUUAAGUUUAGUUGUUCAAUGUUACGUUCUUUGUUGGGGGGAGGGUGCCAGAGAAUGGAAUAUAUUGAAAACUGUUGACAAUUUGCCACUUUUAACAAAGGUUUUUUGAUUAAAUGAAAUGAGAAAAAGAAACACUGUUGAACUUUGUUAUUUAUAUUUUACCACAAUGUCCCUGUAUGCUGCUGUGCAGAAUAAUACAAUAUGAUAUAACUAGAGAAAUA